AUGGUUUUCAGACCGUUUGGAGCAGUUAAAGGAUCCAUGGACAGGUCCAAAAGGAGAGCAAUUUGCUCUGCUUCGCACAUGCCAAUUGGUCAACCCCUGACUAGGGCGACCAACGCUGCCGCCCAGCUCAGGGUAGACAGGAGUAACGGCAGAGCUCUCAGCACCUACUACUACCAAUUCCCAAAAAUACCCAGACCAAAGCGGAAUAUUGCGUACUACAAGUCGUGGUCUCCCGGGCCGAUCAAGAAUUUUGGCUCCCGGUUCGGGAGAAUGCGGGUUACACCAAGGAGCUUUUCGACUAUGUCUUUGAGAAGGAGACCGCAUCUGCCAACAAGACUUUUUCGUGUUAGCGGCCGUAGAAGACGGAUGUUUUCCAGUGGAUCUAAGCAACAGUCCACCAAGUCGUUGAGGAAUUGGUUUACGCUUUCAUCCAUUGGUGUGAUUUUGUAUGGGGUGGUUUCCAAGAUCAACCACGACAACCGUGUGGUGGAUGACGGCCAGGAAGUGAGACCAACCUCAUGGUCCUUAUACGCGUACAGCACGCUCCCUUUGAAGGCGUUGUCUCGUUUAUGGGGUAAGGUCAACAGUGUGACUCUUCCUGUUUGGUUAAGGGCUCCUGGAUACAGGCUGUAUGCGUAUGUGUUUGGUGCCAAUCUUGAUGAUAUGGCCGAGCCGGACUUGACAUCGUACGAAAACCUUGGCCAGUUCUUUUACCGAAGUAUCAAACCGGAAGUGAGACCUAUUGCCUAUGAUGCCGAGCUGAACUCGCCGUGCGAUGGACGCGUUUUGAAGUACGGCACCAUAGAGGAUGGUGAGAUAGAACAGGUCAAGGGAAUGACCUAUUCGUUGGAUGCUCUUUUGGGAAAAACAGGCAAAACGAAGCUGGCUGCUCCAGUGCAUGAUGUGGCUUUCCCAAACUCGAACGAUGAAACGGUUUACAAAAGACACGAGGAGUUCGCUACCCUCAACGGUAUCUCCUACACCGUCGACGAUAUCAUUGGAGGAGAAGGAAAACACGCCCACCACAUGAACAAGUUCAAAUACAAAGAUGAAGGUGAUGCCUCCGUUGCAGCUUCAUCCACUCCAAAUGUUCUCAAAGUUUCGAACGAGGUCAACAAGAGAACCGGCUCUGCCAGUAAAACGAAAGAACUUUUCUUCGCGGUCAUAUACCUGGCUCCGGGCGACUAUCACCGGUUUCAUUCUCCAACCAACUGGGUCUGCACGCUAAGGAGGCACUUUGUUGGUGAACUGUAUAGUGUUGCCCCAUAUUUCCAGAGGACGUUGAGCGGACUGUUUGUUUUGAAUGAGCGCGUUGCUCUGUUGGGCUACUGGAAACACGGCUUUUUCAGUAUGACACCGGUGGGGGCCACUAACGUUGGCUCCAUCAAGAUCAACUUUGACAAGGACCUCACUACGAAUUCUGUCUACGAGAGUACGAUGUAUUCGGAUUCCGCGUCCACGAUUGUUGGGGAAGCUUCAGAGAAAUCUUCCCUCUUGAGUGGUAACUCUUCCAAAUACUCCUCAAUACCAAACAGUGGUACCGAAACUUUGGGAGCACAUGCCUCGGACAGAAAAAAAGUGAGGAAGAAUACGUGCUACGAGGCUACGUACAAAGGUGCUAGCAAGAUACUGGGAGGUCAGCCAUUAUCCAAGGGUCAAGAGGUUGGUGGAUUCAAGCUCGGUUCCACAGUGGUAUUGGUGUUUGAAGCUCCACAAAACUUCAGAUUCAAACUUGAAGAGGGCCAGUAUGUGAAGAUGGGCCAGGCCAUUGGUGAAAUUGAAAGGAAAAGGAAAGUGUGA